UAGAAAAGUAGGAGUAUAAAAGAGAGCAGCAAGAAGUAGGCAGUCAGUCAAGCAAAACAACGCUACCUGCUGUGUACGGAUCUUUAACAGAACCACACUUGGGUCCACCAUGAGUCUGUUUGACGCACCUGCGCCGCAAGCGCCUUGUUUUCACCCAUUUGCGGGAGGACCCCAGCUUACGGAUGUCUGCUCCGCAAGCAACGGAGUCCUCUUCCUGACUGCAUUCAACAGCCUAUUGGUAGCGAGCCCUAAAAUUGGUGACCCAUGUGGACGUAUCAACCCGGUUACUAAACCAGCUGCUGCUUACGAUUUCAUCGUCGUUGGUGCUGGAGCUGGCGGAGCCGCAGUGGCGGGAAGACUGAGCGAAGUUGAAGAUUGGAACGUUCUCCUCGUCGAAGCAGGUCCUGACGAACCGGCAGGAAGCGAAAUACCCGGCAAUCUUCAGCUCUAUCUUGGCGGUGAAUUGGAUUGGCAAUAUAAAUCGACGAACGAGUCUCAUGCCUGUCUGAGUAGCAAUGGCAGCUGUUCUUGGCCUCGGGGUAAGAAUCUUGGAGGAACCACGUUGCAUCACGGAAUGGCAUAUCAUCGAGGACACCCGAAAGACUACGAAAGAUGGGCUGAACAGGGUGUCAAAGGAUGGUCCUGGGAUGAGGUCAUACCGUUUUACCUAAAGUCAGAGAAUAACGGAGAAAUCGAGCGAGUUGGUACGAAACAUCACAGUACCGGAGGACCGAUGAACGUCGAGAGACUGCCUUAUCAGCCUAAGUUCUAUGAAACCAUCUUGAAAGCGGCUGAUGAAACAGGCUACGGUGUAAUCGAAGACUUAGCCGGGGAUAAACCGACGGGUUUCACGGUAGCUCAAACGAUCAGCAAAAACGGAGUAAGAGAGACCAGUGUAGGAUCGUUCGUUAGACCGUACGCACAUCGGCCGAAUCUGCACGUAGCUAUUAACGCGACCGUGACAAAAGUCAGGACGACUGGAAAGCGUGCCACGGGUGUGGAACUCUUACUGAAUGGAAAAAGACAUGUGGUCGAUGCGAAACGAGAAGUGAUUAUAUCGGGUGGCGCGAUAAAUUCGCCUCAAUUGUUGUUGUUGUCUGGAAUCGGACCAAAAGAACAUCUGAAAUCUGUGAAGAUUCCUGUAGUGCAUGACCUACCAGGAGUGGGUGAAAAUCUUCACAAUCAUCACUCUUACGGACUUGAUUUCACCGUGAACGAGGAAUAUUAUCCGCUAUUGAAUCAAUCUACCGCUGAACAGUAUGUUUACAAUCAAACUGGACCUCUGGCCAGCACGGGUUUGGCACAGGUUACCGGAAUGGUCGCAUCCAGCUUCACCACUCCGGACGAUCCGGACCUGCAGAUAUUCUUUGCCGGUUAUCAAGCCAUAUGCGACCCUGCAAAAGCCAUCGCAGAUUUGUCGACGUACGACAAUCUGAUGACCGUCAGGUUCUCGGCUGUCAAUGUGCAGCCGACGAGCAGAGGUCGCAUCACUUUGAAGGACAAAAAUCCACUGAGUCCACCUGUUAUCUGGAGUAACGACAUUGGAAACGAUCACGAUCUUAACGUUAUAGUGGAAGGACUUCACGUUAUCAUGAAAUUAGCCAACAGCUCGGCAAUGCAAAAGGUUGGUCUAAAAUUAAGGCACGCGCAGAUCGAAGCCUGCUCAAAGUACGAGCUGUACAGCGACGAUUAUUGGAGAUGCGCCAUUCGUUGGAAUUCAAGACCGGAAAACCAUCAGACCGGUUCAUGUAGGAUGGGCGCCGACUCCGACCCAAUGGCGGUGGUAGAUUCUCGAUUGAGAGUGCGCGGUAUCAAAGGGCUUAGAAUAGCCGAUGCAUCUGUUAUUCCUCAAGUAGUCUCAGGUAAUCCGGUUGCUUCGAUCAAUAUGGUCGGUGAACGAGCAGCGGACUUCAUUAAAAAGGACUGGAAUAUUAAAAAGACGCGUUAAAAUGAAACUAUAUCAUAACAAUAUUUUAAUAAAUUACACUGCAGAUUAUAUUUAAACGUGA